UGCUUCACGGGCUGCGGCUUCCUGGGCUUCUACCACGUGGGGGCCACCCGCUGCCUGAGCGAGCGCGCCCCGCACCUGCUCCGAGGCGCUCGCACCUUCUUCGGGGCCUCGGGCGGGGCGCUGCACUGCGCCUUGCUCCUAACGGGGAUCCCGCUCGACCAGAUUUUGCAGAGCACCACCGACUUUGUCAGGUACACCCGAAGGCGGAACAUUGGUGUCUUCCACCCGUCCUUCAACUUGUUCAGGUACCUGCAAGAAUUCCUCCAGAGAAACCUCCCGGACAACGCCCACGAGCUCAUCUCCGGCAGACUAUGCAUCUCGCUCACCAGAGUGUCCGAUCUUGAAAGUGUCCUGGUGUCCGAUUUUAAGUCCAAAGACGAAGUCGUGGACGCCUUGCUGUGCUCCUCCUUCAUCCCCUAUUUCUCGGGCUUGACCCCUCCUUCCUUCAGAGGCGUGCGCUACAUGGACGGGAGCCUUUCUAACAGUUUGCCCUCCUUUGACGGCAAAACCACCAUCACCGUGUGCCCCUUCUAUGGGGAGUUCGACAUCUGCCCUAAGCUCAAGUCCACGAACUUCCUUCACCUGGACAUCGCCAAGCUCAAUCUUCGCUUCUGCUUAGGGAACGUCUACCUGAUAAGCCACAUACUGUUCCCCCCGGACGUCAAGGUGGCUGGAGAGAUAUGCCUUCGUGGGUAUUUAGACGCCGUCAGGUUCUUGGAAGAAAAGGGCAUCUGUGACAGGCCCCAUCCCGGCCUCAGUCUGUCCUCAGGGGAGCCGGAGUUCUUUGCGUUCUCCUGGGAAAACAAGAGCCCAGAGGCUUCCCCAGGGGUGGCUGCCUGGCAGAGGAGGCCUGAGGAAAACGAGCUGCUGGACCACCUGCGCCUCAACUUCCUGCCCUGGGAUGAGAGCAUCCUGGAGGCCCUGUCACCCACGUUCCUUGCAGUCCUGAACGAGGUGGUCAAAAGCCGAGGGGGCUGCAUGAGCAGGAUCCGCACGUCCCUCCCGGUCAGUGCCAUGUCCUACGUGUUGCUCCCCUGCACGCUGCCCGCGGAGUCCGCGCUCGCCAUGGCCCGGAGGCUGGUGCUGUGGCUCCCAGACAUUCCUGAUGACAUCCAGUGGCUGUACUCGAUAACCUCCCAGGCUUGCUCUCGAGUGAUGACGCGUCUGUUCUCCACAUUCAGCGGCGGCAUUGCUCCUUUAACACCACUUCUCUUCCCGAUGGCCCUGCCAGGCCAGGUGGCCUCCACGGGCUCCUUCCUGGACCCUGUGGACCAGACCCUCCUAGGAUCCCCCUCCUUCCUCUGGGACCCCGGACUCUGA